GCGUUGACAUCAGUCGAAAGUGGUGAUCGGAGGCGAUGUGUUGAUGUGCGUGUGGUGUUCGCCGACUUCGCGGCCGCGCGGUGUGCCCGUUUACAAUAAGAUCGAACUGGUUGUGAACUGAUUGAUUGAGCGGGAGACAUGUCAAUUAAUCUGACGAAGAACAAAGAUGCCUUAGUGGCCGCCUGGCACAGCGUGGUCGACGAUAAAUCGUCUACUAACUGGGCUGUGUUUGGCUACGAGGGGCAAACAAACAAUUUAAAAGUAGUCGGCACGGGAAGCGGUGGUUUAGAAGAGAUGAUCGAUCGAUUGAGCAGCAGUCAUAUUAUGUACGCGUUCUGCAAAGUUAUCGAUACUAAAACAAGUCUACCAAAAUGCUUGCUCAUAAACUGGCAAGGGGAAGGUGCUCCGAUCGUUAGAAAAGGAACGUGCGCCAAUCAUAUCAGAGAUGUGGAGCGAUUGUUGAAAGGAGCGCACAUAACGAUUACCGCACGCUCCGAAGAUGACGUAGAGGUGGACGUGAUUAUGCAGAAGCUCGCCCGAGCAACAGCUUCCGCUUACAAGUUUGACGAACCUCGUGGUGAAAAUGAGGGACACACGGGCCCCAUUGGGACGACGUAUCGCAGAGUGAUCCCCGAGCAGGAGAUAAACGCUAUGGAAAGAGAUCUGUUCUGGGAAAAGGAAGAGAUGGAAGAGAUGAAAAGGCUGGAGCAAGAGCGACUCCGCUGUGAACAGGAGCGACAGAAACUGGAACAGGAAACUAGAACCCGGGAGGAAAAGGAGGCGCAACUGCGAGAGCAACAGGUCACCGCCAAGGAAAACUCCAUUGCGCGGCAGAAGCUGGCCGAACAGCGCGCCGAGGAUGCGAACAACGUGCGCAAUCAGCAAUUAGCUGCUCAAACCUAUAGCAGUGGCGACGCUGACGACGAUCAUAAAUCGCGUAGCGAGGAACUGCGGAGACAAAGGAGUAAAGAAACGCAACAGCUGAUCGCUCAACGGACGAUAAACGCUCGCGCGGUGUUCGAGCAGAACUCGGCGGCCGGUCAGAUGAAGACGAACUUGGGCCAUCAGCAGUUCCUACCCAAGAAAAAUCACGUGGAGUCCGUGAGGAAGGCAUUGGAGGAGGCUCAGAUAAAGGAACAACCCGAGGCGCAGUCGCACGAGGAAGCGCCGACCGAGACGAGAAGACCUGCGAGUGCGGAGACGGCCGUGACCUCCUCAUCUGCAGUGCCUCAGUCGCAAAACAGCACUCAGGAAUCGAAAAUUACCGCUGUCAGUCCACAGACGCAGCCGGAACAGACGACGGAGACGAAGGAGCACGUCGCUGAGAACGAAUUGUACAAUCAGCUGGAUGGCCCGUACCUAUAUUUCGAUCCGAAUAACGAAGGGAUGAAAGCCAGGGCUCUGUACGAUUAUCAGGCGGCCGACGAUACGGAAAUCACUUUCGAUCCUGGGGACGUAAUCACGCACAUAGACGCCAUCGACGAGGGCUGGUGGCAGGGACUCGGACCCGACGGCACUUACGGGCUUUUCCCAGCUAAUUACGUUGAAGUUAUCGAGUAUAAUACGACAUGAUAAGAAAGUUACUUCCCCCCCGAAAUCAUCUGUUGAGCUCAUUAUUCUCUAUCUUUCAUAAUUGUCUCCGUGAAACCGCUUGUAUGAGAGAAUUGAUAUCGGUGUGAUCCCUGAAUGUUAUUACAUUUUUAGGUAUAUAACGUUUUUAGGUAUAUAUAACGUUGAUGAUGAUAAUUUUGAAUGAUAAUUUUAAACGAUGUUUUCGCGUAAGAAAAAAAAUGUGUUUAGCAUGUUCGUUCAAUCGAAAAGCACGUUUCCGUAACACGUUUUACCGCCUUCCAGGUCACUGCUUAAUCUUGAUGCAUUUAUCCAAGAAGGGAGAAUCAGUAUGCGCAAUUAAUAUUUCAAUUAGUAAGAGUCACCGAGACCAAUUGAGAUGUUAAAUCAUACCUGGCGAAGUGUACGUCUUCCCAGCACCACGUGUCGUAUAGAUUUUUGUCAGUAACCAAUAAGCAACUAGUAUUAUACAAAUAUAUCUUUUUAUAACGUCCUGCAUCCAGAGGAGUGCCGAUGUAACGAUAAACCUAAAACUGCAUCUUAUAACAUGAACGGAACUGUGUUACUAUGGGGAACUGUAAUAGCCACUUAUUUAAGUAUAUAUCGUUUUUUUAGAAUGACGAGUAUCUGUUACAGUUGACUAACGCAGGAAUUUUAGCAUUAAAGUACCCGCUUAUAUA